GAAAGCUACAACUCCGCCCACUGGUAGUCAUUCAAUUGAUUUACUCGCCCGGUGUUCAUAGACGAGGCAUGCGUUAAACUCAGAGGGCUGACCCUGGAAUAUUUACUGAGCUAAUUAUGUUAAACUGAUACACACUUCAAUUUAACAUAAACCCACGAAGUGGAAUUUAACAGAAUAACUCUGGGUCGAAUGUUUUUACCUUUGUUGUGGCAGGACACAUUUCCUUUUGUCCUCGGUAGUAUUUAACAACCUUUGGCGGUCACCCACCUCAACACAGGCAGCAGCCCAUUUGUUGAGUGGUGUGAGGACAGUUGGUCGGAGGACUUCGUAAAAAUCUACAACUUCACUUGGGAGAAAAAGCCUGAAAUAAUUGAUAGAGCAGGCGAGAUGAAAUGGCAGUGUGGUAUUAUCCUAAUUAACAUGUGGGAGCGGAAGACGGUGAGAGCCUGUUAUUACAGCCUGUCCUGUGGGAGGCAGGCUCCAGUUUGGUCAAUGGGAUGUUAGUGGUCUGGAGGCGUGCCAGGACUGAAGGAGCAUGGUGAAGCACCAACCCCUGCAGGUCUAUGAGAGGCAGCUGUGUUUGUCAUGUCUCACAGGGAUUUAUGGAUGCCGCUGGAAACGGUACCAGCGCUCACAUGAUGACACCACCAAGUGGGAGUUCCUGUGGUCUCUCAUCCUCUUCUUCACCUUCUCUCUGCUCCUGGUCUGGUUCUACUUCUGGUGGGAGGCACACAAUGACUACAAUGAGUUCAACUGGUUUUUAUAUAACCGUUCUGGAGAGUGGAUCGACGGGACUGUUCCAAUCCUAGCCACUACCGCUGCCGGCUUCACUUAUAUUGCAUUUUUAAUGAUUUUAGCACUUUGCCACAUAGCAGUGGGACAACAGCUGAACUUGCACUGGCUGCACAAGAUAGGUGUCAGUACUGCCCUGCUGACCACUGCCAUCGGAUUCAUAUCUGUCAAUCAAACAUGGGGGGAGGAGUGGGCAGUCAUCCCUAUAUCACUCCAGGCCACAGGUCCCUUCCUACACCUAGGAGCCCUGGUGGCUGUCACCGCUCUGGCCUGGCUGGUGGCUGGGCAGGUCGCCCGCUCCGAGAAAACAAUGUUUCAGGUGGUGGUUCUCCUGCUCUACCUAAGUGUUCUACUGGGUCUCUACAUGGCCCCCCUUUCCAUCACCUCCCCCUGCAUCAUGGACCACGCCAACCUCACACCACGCCCUGACGUCAUUGGCCACCAGGGCGCACCCAUGCUGGCUCCAGAGAACACCAUCCUAUCCUUCCAGAGGGCUCUGCAGAUGAACGUCAGUGGGCUGGAGGCUGACGUGGCCAUCAGCCUUGACGGGGUGCCGUUUCUGAUGCGAGACCGCACCUUGAGGAGGACUACAGACGUGGAGAAGGUGUUUCCUGCCAGACAGCUGGACGAUGCCUCCUCCUUUAACUGGACAGACUUACACAGCCUCAAUGCCGGCCAGUGGUUCCUCAAGGAAGACCCAUUCUGGACGGUCCAGUCUAUGGCUCAGAGGGAGGUGAUGCUGGUGGGGAACCAGAGUGUGUGUAGUCUGGAGCAGCUGCUGAGGCUUGCCACCCUCCAUAACCACACAGUGGUGUUCGACCUGCGCCGACCCCCGCACGGACACCCCUGCUACCACAGCUGGAUAAACGAUACCCUGGGGGUCAUACUCCUGUCUGGGAUUCCACAGCACCUGGUGAUGUGGACCCCAGACUGGGACAGGGGGCAGGUAAGACAGGUGGUUCCAGGGCUGCAACAGACGUCAGUAGAGAAGCUGCCUCCUCAGGUCCUUCACCAGCAGGGAAUCAGCAGACUACUGUUACGUUACAGCCAGGCCAGCCCAGAUGAUAUCCGAGAGUUCUCCAGGAGCAAUGUGAGUGUUACUCUGUACACGGUCAACGAGCCCUGGCUGUUCUCUGUGCUCUGGUGCAGCGGGGUCUCCUCUGUCUCCUCUGAAGCCCCCAACAUCCUCAGAAAGGUGCCUUACCCCAUCUGGCUCAUGAGUCCAGAUGAAUACUGUCUGAUCUGGGUCGCUGCUGAGCUCAUCUCCUUCACUGUAGUUAUAGGAAUUUUUGUAUUCCAAAACUAUCACAUUAUCAGGUGGAGGUUGAGUGGCAUGCACAGCUACAACCCUGAACAGAUCAUGCUGAGUGCCGCGGUCCGAAGGUCCAGCAGAGACCUCAACAUCAUGAAGGAGAAACUCAUCUUCUCCGAGGUGAGCAAUGGUGUGGGCAGUGCUGAGGACCUGUACAUGGAGAAUGGCUUCGACUACUACAACAACGAAGGCAUCUCCCAUUGACUCUUACUCACCGAAUGUGAAUCUACUCACCUAAUGUGACACCCGACUCUACUAGCAUGUGGAAACUGAGUAAAUUAAGACUUCCAAGUGACUGUCUUGUGAUUGGGCUUAUCUAUUGUUAUGAUUACUCUUGUUUUACUCAGUGUAUCCAGAUAAUUAUUGGUUUGUUCCUCCUACUUACUGACUGACUGAUUGACAGGCUGCUGUAUUGCUGAAGAAUCCAAGGCAAGCACCACCCAUUCCUUUGUACAUUCUGUAAAUAGGUUUGUUUUUCCUUGUUAUAUACAAUGUGGGACUAAAUGCACUUUUUAUUGAUGAACUGAUUGAUUCGUCAGAUCUGAUCUAUGGCCUCUUCUCCUCACCUCUGUGGGCAAACUUGUUGGCUCGAGUUCCACAUCAGGAUUUCAACAUUCAGUGGAGAGUCAUGCAUUUUAUUUAUAUUUUUUACCAAUUUGUUGGCCAGAAAAAAGGGCAAUUUAAAAAUAUAUUGGUCCAUUUAUAUAUAUAUAUUUACUUAAACCUCCCGUGUGCUGGGAUUGAAUGGGUUCAUGGGCCGGAUCUGGCCCUCGGCCGUAGUUUUUCCCACCCCUGCUCUAGAUGCUUGGAGCCCUGGUCCAAUGCUUAUUUGUUUGUUUCUACACUGUUAUUUGGAUUUCUUGCAGUCACUUUAUAGCACAGCCAAUUCUUAUUAUUUACAGGAAUUACUAUUUGUGCAGCAUGCUCCUUUUUCUUGCCUUUGGGCGCUAUUCUAAUUUCUAGGAACAAAAAGAACAUGAACAAGCUGUUUACAGAAGUCCUGCCUUCUCCCACUGAAAUAGUUACAUGAUGUAAGAUAAUGAUUUGAACAGCAUUUCCAAGCAUAUGAUAUACAAUACUAAGUGACUUGUGGAGCUGUGCUGUCUCAGGCAGAACUAAUGUUUACUCAGUGUUUUCGGGUUCAUUGUGAAUGUGUUUUGAUUUUUAAAGGAUGUGUACAGUGCAUGUAUUAUGUAGAGAUUUCACCCCUACCCUCAGUGUGCAGUCCUACAUAGUGAACAUAUUACAGAUGUUUUAGGUGCUAUGGCUGGCUGAGCAUUAUAUUGGAAAUUUCAUUCUGAUUAUGUAUAAUAAUAGCUAUAGUGUUGAGUUUCUGAAAGUAAUUUAAAUACUUUGCUGGCCCAACUUCUCAAUGGCAUUUGAACUCGUGGUGUUUGAAAAGCAAAGUGCAUCAAAUCAAUUGGUUUCUAUAGGGGGACAUGAAAGGGUGUCUGUGAUGAGAUGAAGUGAGGUGUGUUAUAUUAACUGUGAACAUAAAGCUGGAGGCUGUUGAAGGGGUGACGCUGAGUAUCAUUAUAGUUCACACAGGGUCAAGGAAUGGAUAGACUUGUGUUCAUUUACUCCUUUGGUAUUUAUGUGCCUCAGAAGUCAAUAAUUAAAAUGCUUCUGAUACCGAAGUGAUGUACUUUGUGGUAUUUUUGUAGCUAGAACGUAACUAACAAACCAUUUAGGUUGGCGUUACUGUUGACUGUGUAGAUUUAGCUCAUAUCAACCAUAUUCCUACUGAAUGUGAACGCUUGAUGUACAGUGUCUUCAGAAAGUAUUCACACCCCCUGACUUAUUUCACAUUUUGUUGUGUUUCAGCCUGAAUUUAAAAUGGAUUCAAUUUAGAUCGUCACUGGCCUACACACAAAAUACCCAUGUCAGUAGAAUGUUUUUUACAAAUGUAAUUAAAAAUGAAAAGCUGAAAUGCCUUCAACCCUAAAUACAUUUAGGAGUAAAAAGUGCUUAAAUCACAUGGACUCAAUCCAGGUGGGCAAAGCUCUUAAACUCACCCAGAAAGAUGCAAAUACUUUCAUCGCUGAUAAAGGUGAUUCUAACAAGUACAUUUGAUUUAUGUAUUUCAUUUUCAAUAAAUUUGCAAACAUUUCUAAAAACAUGUUUUCACUUUCAUGGGGUAUUGUGUGUAAAAAUCUAUUUAAUCCAGGCUGUAACACAAUGUGGAAUAAGAUGAGGGGUAUGAAUAUUUUCUGAAGGCACUGUAUGUUAUAUUACUGGCCCAUGCCAGUAACUAACACCAUUGUAGAUCUCUGUUAUACUGACAUUAUUUCCCCUCAAUUAUGGAGUGAGGCGACAGGUAGCCUAGUGGUUCGAGCGUUGGGCCAGUAACCAGAAGGUUGCAAGAUCAAAUCCCCGAGCUGACAAGGUAAAAAUCUGUCGUUCUGCCGCUGAACAAGGCAGUUAACCCACCGAUAGGCUGUCAUUGUAAAUAAGAAUUUGUUCUCAACUGACCUGCCUAGUUAAAAAAAUAUAAUAAUUAAAUGGUGAUGUUACCACAUUGCUGAAGAAGCUAGUGAUGAUGGUAACUGGAUGUUACAAGAUUUUAGCACUCAGUGUUCUGGGAACAUGAUCACAAAUGUCCUUUUUACCUUCCACCUGUAUUAGAAAGUCAGUCUGUCAUGGGAUGCAUCUGUUGAUAUUUUCCCUUACUUCAAUGGCAAUGUCUGUCUGAAUGGAUUUGUUCGUAAUAAAGCUCAUAAAGAAAAUACAA